UCGCUGGGAAUCGUUUACAGUUUAAAACCAAAUUCAAAGCAUAAACAUGAAGCUCUCACUAAUUUGCCUGAUCGUACUUGGAGUGGCGCUCUCAGCUGAUGCUUACGCUGCACCACCUAAGGGAUCUACUGACAAGCCAGCAGCCUAAUUCCGUUUCCAAGGGGACGCCACAAAAGAAGAAAUGGCAACUAUCUUGGCAUGCUGCCAUCAAUCAGAUGUGUCUGUAGUGUGUAGUCACAAAAUAAAUUAAAAACUUAAAAAAUAUUCAUUUAAAAUGUCUUUAAUGGUCAACACCAGCCCUAUUGAUACAAAAUUUGCUCAGAACAAAAUAUGUGCUAAUAAGAUUUAAUGAAUUUUGAAGAGCUGUUAUCGAUUGUGACUUUAAAACUUAGGCAGGGUAUUCGAAGUGCAGAUAUACCAUUAGUUUUUCGAACAAAGUUGCUUAGUUUUAUGCUGAGCUAGUUUUUUUUUUUUGGUGCAAAUUUGAACUUGUGAAGUAUUUUCUGCCUGUUAGCGGUUUUCCCCUAGCCUAGCUUCACAUUUCAAACAAGUUCCGGGAAAAUAAAAAUAAAAAAGAAAACAGAAAAAAUUGUACAAAAUUAUCCAAAAAUAAAUAAAAGGAAAUUAGCACAAAAUGUCUGAGUGUGAGGAAGCGGAGCGCAAAGACAAACUCGAGAGCGUUGCCAGAUUUAAUAAAAAUCUGCAGAGUAACGAGGUGUUAACCCUGCACUACCUGGGACUGCCCUAUAUGGUGCUGUGCCGUAGCCCGCAACUGCGCCUCAAGGUGCCGCUGAGCACCUGCAAUUACUUGGAUGGCGAAACCGAGGGCAUUGCGCUGCAGCUGAUCUUCACCUGUCCGGCCAACUAUCCGCUCCAGUUGCCAAUCGUUGAGAUGGUCGAGAAGCGCAAUGUUAACCGGGAGCUGGAUAAAAAACUGCGCGAGGAGAUCGCUGUGGCGCUGGAGCAGCACCUGGGCCUGUACAUGAUUGUGCCGGUGGUGACACGGGUACAGAUGCUGCUGAACAACGAAUUGAGGCACCAUUAAAGCAGCGCUCGGA